AUGCAAGAAUGGAAGGACUUGGUGGCCGAUCUCGGGGAAGGUGGUCUGGUCUCGAUGCCCAGAAGCUACUUCCACAAUGUUAAUGGUACUCCACUCUCCAUGACUCUAUACGGAUUUUGUGAUGCAUCGACAAGAGCCUACGCUGCAGUGGUCUAUUUGGUGCUGAGGACAGAGGCCACCACGACCGUCCACUUUGUCGUUUCCAAGACGAGAGUUGCACCACUUCAAGCUCAGACUAUACCACGCUUGGAGCUCCUCUCAGCCUUCCUUCUUUCCAAACUGAUUGUAGCAGUCUCAGACAGUCUCCAGCCAACCCUAUCUCAAUUAGAGAUUUCGUGUUUCACGGAUUCACAAGUUGCACUCUAUUGGAUUCGUGGCAUUAGCAAAGAGUGGAAACCCUUCGUACAAAACAGGGUUAAUGAGAUUCGGAAAAACGUCCACCCCAAUCACUGGAGACACUGCCCAGGAAUAUCUAAUCCUGCCGACCUACCUUCGAGAGGACUUCCACCAUUGGAAUUGUCAGUGAAUCAGCUGUGGCGAAGAGGUCCUGAGUGGCUGGAUGCAGACAACACACCUUGCGGAGAAGCGAAAACGCAUCUGAUGCCAGAAGAAUGUUCUGCAGAACUGAAGACAAGUGCCCUGAGAUCGCUCAACCUUGUAGCGACUGACUCCGAGGGCAGCAUAAGUGAGUUGUUGGACUGCGAGAGUUUUGGUACAUUGUCAAGACUGUUGAGAGUAACGGCCCAAGUCCUGAGAGCAGUUGGAGUAUUCAAGAGGAGUUACAUUGACAUCUCAGCCAACCUGACCCCAGAAGAGCUAGCCCAUGCGGAAGGAUUGUGGAUAACGACCGCACAGCGACAGUUGGUCCAAGAGAAAAACUUCAAGGCUCAGGAGAAACAGCUAAACCUCUUCAAAGACGAGAAAGGAAUAUGGCGUUGUGGAGGAAGACUCUCCAAUACAGAAAUCCCGUAUGCUACCAGGCACCCAAUACUCCUACCCAGAACCCAUCCUCUGACUAAACUGAUUGUGAGAAGAGCCCAUGAGCGGGUUUGCCAUAACGGAGUGAAGGAAACACUGACUGAGACCAGGAGAAGUUUCUGGAUACCGAAAGGGAGAAGUCUAACGAAGUGCAUCAUUCACCGAUGUGUUCUGUGCAGAAGAUUCGAAGGAGCACCCUUCAAGACUCCACCACCACCACCUUUACCCACGUUCAGAGUGAAGGAAGAUCCAGCCUUUUCGUACACUGGUGUCGACUUUGCUGGCCCUUUGAGCAUCCGUGGUUCGGUUACACCCGACAAAGUAUGGAUCUGUCUGUUUACGUGCUUAGUCACUCGAGCUGUACAUCUGGACAUCGUCUCAAACCAAUCCACGUUAACGUUCUUAAGAUGUUUGAAGAGAUUUGCAUCCAGAAGAGAUUUACCCCGAAAGUUCUUGUCUGACAACGGAAAAACGUUCAAAGCAGCAGCCAAGUAUAUGAAGGCUAUUUUCCAGGACGGUACUGUCAAGGAACACUUAGCGGAACUAAGCUGCGAAUGGGUGUUCAACGUUGAACGCGCACCAUGGUGGGGAGUUGUCUUCGAGAGAAUGGUCAAAUCGACAAAACGUUGCCUACGAAAAGUGAUAGGGAGAGCCCACCUCUCGCAAGAUGAACUCCUCACUGCAGUCACGGAAAUCGAAGCCGUUAUUAACUCAAGACCAUUGUCAUACAUCUCGGCCAACGAUUUGGAGGAAGCACUCACUCCUUCUCAUUUAAUUGUGGGACGUCGAAUUCUAAACUUACCCGACCACAUUGGAUAUCUAUGUGAUUCUACCGAGGAUGAAGAGUUCUCAAUCAAUGCUACACAACUUGCGAAACGCGUUAAGCAUCUCAGCAGUACAUUGAAUCACUUUUGGAAUAGAUGGAGAACCGAGUAUUUAGCAGAACUAAGGGUAGCCCAUUACCAUUCUGCGAAGAAAAUUGCCAAUACUGGAGACCACAACCUGUCGAUUGGAGAUAUCGUGAUCGUACACAACGAACACCUACCCCGUGAACUUUGGAAGCUCGGGAGGAUACAGGAACUCAUGAAGGGUCGAGAUGGACAAUUCAGGGGUGCCACAGUCAAGAUGGCCACGAGAGGUCGCCAACAGACUCUGCUGCAUCGACCGAUCCAACUACUAUACCCCUUAGAAGUGAGAUGUCCCAAUGGAUCAGAGAUGCCGACUAACGAUGCCGAGGAACCUGACACCGAACAAGAAGCUGAUGUGGUCACGGAAGAUCCUGUGGAAACUCGACAAAGAACAACACGCGUUGCAGCCCAAAAAGCUGAUGAACGCAGGAAGGCUUGUAUGUAUGAACUGGAAGACGAUUGAACUUAAUGAACUGAACUUAUGAUUAUGUUAUCCCGAUUGUUGACCAUGUUUGGUCAACGGGGGGAGUGUGUUGGAAAUUAUGUUAUCUUACUAGUUAUUGUGUCACUACACAUUAUGUCAUCAGUAUUGUAAUCACAUGAUCAGACACAUGUUGUGAGAAAUGAAUGAAAGAUGAACAAGAGUCAA